AUGAGGGCGGCCACCACCUACGUCCUGUUCCUUGCCCACCUCAUACAGGCGACAACCGCGAGCGGAUACUUCGAGGUGCAGAUCCUCUCGCUGACGAACAACAGGGGCACUCUCGUGGACGGUAGAUGUUGUGGCGGAGGAGGCGGGGGCGGAAAAGGAGAAUUUCCACCCUGUACGACGCCCUGCUCGACGGCCUUCUGGCUAUGUCUCAAGGAAUACCAGUCGAAUGUCACUGCCAUCGGCUCCUGUAGCUUCGGCAACGUAUCUAGUCACGCACUCGGCCCAAACACUUUUACCCUCUCCGACCCCGUCACUCUACAACUCCACUUCACCUUCCGAUGGACGAGGCAAUUCACGUUGAUAUUACGAGCAAGAGACGAGGCAAGCGCCGGCGUGAUCGAAGAAGCGAGUUACAGCGGCAUCGUCUUGCCAGGACCCUCGUGGCAUGCUCUCGAUCAUCAAGGAAAAAACGCUCACUUAGCGUAUCGGGUGCGGGUCCAGUGCGCCGAUCAUUACUACAAUGCAACCUGUACCAAAUUCUGCCGACCUAGAAACGACAUUUUCGGUCAUUACACCUGCGAUGAGAACGGGGACAAAGUGUGCAUACAGGGAUGGAAAGGCGUCGACUGCGAGACAGCUGUGUGCAAGGAGGGCUGUCACCCCGUGCAUGGUCACUGCAACGUCAGCGGUGAGUGCCAAUGUCGGCACGGUUGGCGCGGUGAGCUGUGCGAACAAUGCAUGCCUUAUCCCGGUUGCAAGCACGGCUACUGCAAUGGCUCGAGCUGGCAAUGCAUCUGCGACACGAACUGGGGCGGAAUACUGUGCGACCAGGAUCUCAACUACUGCGGCACCCACGAGCCAUGUCAGAACGGCGGUACGUGCGAGAACACUGCUCCCGAUCAGUACCGGUGCACCUGCCCGGAGGGCUUCUCCGGGCCUACCUGCGAGAAGAUUGACAAUCCUUGCGCGUCUAACCCAUGCCUGAACGGCGCGACCUGCCGCGAGCUCGGCGAGACCGCGCAGUGCGAAUGCGCCCCGGGAUUCUCCGGACCAUUUUGCGCGACCGACAUCGACGAGUGCGCUUCGCAGCCGUGCCAGAACGGCGGUACCUGCGUAGACGGCAAGAACGGCUUCGCCUGUAACUGCCCAUUUGCCUGGAAAGGCGUCCUCUGCCAGUUUGAUGUGGAUGAGUGCACGCUAAAGGAGUCGCCCUGCAAGAACUUUAUCACUUGUAUCAACUUGGCCGGUGAUUAUAGAUGCCGAUGUCGGAGCGGUUUUACCGGGAAGAAUUGCACAAAGAAUAUCAAUGACUGCGUCGGCCAGUGCCAACACGGCGCUCUCUGUAUCGACCUGGUAGAUGAUUAUCAUUGCAGCUGCACUCCCGGUUACUCCGGCAAGGAUUGCGACGUUGACAUCGAUGAGUGCGCGUCCAAGCCGUGUCAAAACGGUGGCGAAUGCCGCGAUCUGGUAAACGCUUAUGCGUGCGUGUGCCCGGUGGGCUUCACCGGCUACCAAUGCGAAAUCGAUCGCGAUCAUUGCAGUCCGAAUCCGUGUCGCAAUUCGGCACCAUGUUUUAACACGCAAACUGACUACUACUGUCACUGUCCAGCACAGUGGCAGGGCAAAAAUUGCUCGGAGCCGGCCUUGAAUAAUCCGCAAUUCGGUGUGUUGGACGAUGGGCAGUCGGGUUGCGGCAGCGAAGGUACUCCGUGCGGCGGUAAGGGCCGAUGCAGCGGCGGCAGAUGCAUCUGCGAUCCAGGUUACACCGGCGUGCAUUGUCAUGAGAACAUCAACGAUUGCCGCGGCAAUCCCUGUUUAAACGGCGGCACGUGCGUUGACUUGCUUAACUCGUUCCAGUGCAUCUGCAGAGAGGGCUGGAGUGGAGAUCUUUGCGACCAAAAUGUGGAUGACUGCUUGACACAGCCUUGCCACAACAAUGGUACCUGCGUAGACGGCGUGGCAGAUUUCACGUGCAUCUGCCAGGGCGACUGGAAGGGUAAGACGUGCACCCUGCGCCGCGGGCACUGCGACGAAGAUACUUGCCGCAACGGCGGGGAUUGCAAAGAUCACGGUGACAGCUUUACGUGCAACUGCCCGCGCGGAUGGGAAGGCACAAUCUGCCACAUCGCAUCGCCAUCGGCGUGUACGAGUAAUCCUUGCGCAAAUGGCGCAACCUGCGUCAAUACGGUUGAUGGCAGCUACCGAUGCGUCUGUCGAGAGGGUUUCGAAGGACCAGAUUGCCGGAGCAAUGUGGACAAUUGCCAACCAGUGCCAUGCCUGAACGGUGGAAAAUGUGUGGACGGUGACAACUGGUUCAGAUGCGAAUGUGCACCCGGGUUUACUGGCCCGGAUUGUCGCAUUAACGUGAACGAAUGCGCGAGCGAUCCGUGCACCGCAGGUGCCACCUGUGUGGACGGCAUCGCGAGCUACUCGUGCAUUUGUCCACCUAGUAGAACCGGUCCGCGAUGUGAGAUCCGGACAGCUGGUGGGCCCGGUUGCACGGCCGCUACGUGGGAAGAUGAGUGCAAUGUAUGCGAGUGUCGGAACGGCAAGAACCAAUGCAGCAAUGUAUGGUGCGGACCGGGCAACUGCUUGAACGGCACCUCUUGUUUGGCUCACGAGGUCUGUGUUCCUAGUCCAGGCGAGAGUUGUCUAGCGCCACCGUGUCCAGCGUGGGGCGAGUGUCGUCCUAUCGAAACUGGCAGACGAGUUGGUCCACCAGCGCUACCAGCACCCCCAUCUUGCUGGCCCGGACAAACCACGCUCGGACCAACUUGCUCGAGACUCACGAUACUAUUGCGAAGGGACACCCUGGCGUCUGGCACGUCGGUGGAAUUAUUGUGCCGUCGUCUGAGGAAGCUACUGGCCGAUCCACGAAGACCGCAAUCGGUUGUGCUAUUGUGCGAUCUGAAGCCCGGUGAUAACGAUACGAUAGAAGUGACCAUAUUCUCCGAGGCAGCAGCGGACGCGGCCCGCGAUCUCGGUGAAACACUCAGUCGUCCACUAGCCAGACCUCUCGUAUUAGUUUCUGUACUAGAGGUCAAAGUAGAAACAGCGCUGCUUAGCGAGCCUAGUUUGGCGAGUGCGGCUAAUGCCAGUAGCUACGUAACUGUUUUGGGUAGCGCUCUGGCGAUUGUGCUGUUAUUGGUGCUAUUCGGUAGCCUCUGGUAUCUCAAAACUAUGAGGCAUAGAUCGAACCUAACGGCGACUACCAGCAGCGAAACUUCGUUACAUCGUCAUCGAAGCGAUCUAGACGAAAAGUCGAAUAAUCUUCAGAAUGAGGAGAAUUUGAGGAGAUAUGCCAAUCCACUCAAGGACCAAGAUUCCGAACCCCGCGUGUCCGUUGUAAGACCUCUGUCAGGUACUUCGCUUGGCACAUUGACCGGCACCGAGGAGAGUCUCGAAAUGGUAUCUGAAGAAGGUAGACAUCGUUUGCCCCCACUGUAUAAACCGCCCAGUGCGGAAGCUAGAAAUAAUACGGCCAGUUUUAGCUAUGAAGAAGGACCGCAUAAACCUUACAUCAAGCCCAGACUGCAAGAACCAAUGUAUCCUCAUCAGCAACCAGGUACCAGUCAAACGUCGGGGUCGCAUCAAGUGCUAACGGUACACGUGUGA